AUGUCCACUCGGCGAUCCGCCCGGCUCAGUGCCGCUGCUGAGGCACGGCUUUCGCCUGAAAUUAUGCCUCCUCCGCCAGUUGCAGCAAAAAGGUCGCGGAAGAGGAAAGCAGAAGCAGACUCCUCUGCGCCCCCAGAGCCGGCGGAGGAACAAGCACCAUCGACCCCGAACAAGAGGCGAACGAAACCAAAAACUUCGAUUCCGCCUCCGGCGACACCCACGCCGAGCAAUGCAAAGCUCAUGGGCGAACCUGUGCUCAGCAACGGUUUGGACCCCACGACGCCGAAGCCCAGGCCGGAGGCAGUGAACCGCCUCGCAGAUCCGAGGACAAGCAAUGCUACUCUUCUGUCCCCUGAAACAUCCCGCAUUGUUGCAUCCAAGUCGUUGGAUGCAGUAUCGCCCUCCAAGGCUGUAGAUGUGAAGACGACCACGGCAACUCUGCUCGCGGAGGCUUGCGAGCACUUGAUCAAGGUCGAUGCCCGGAUGAAGCCUCUGAUCGACGCUCAUCACUGCAAGGUCUUCAGCCCCGAGGGGCUGGCUGAGAAGGUUGACCCGUUCGAGUCCAUCUGCUCGGGCAUCAUCUCGCAGCAGGUCUCCGGAGCAGCCGCCAAGGCCAUCAAGAAGCGCUUUGUCGAACUCUUCGAGUCCGGAGAGAAUGUCAAGUUCCCACACCCGUCGCAGGUGGCGGCCGCGAGCAUAGAGAAACUACGCACCGCCGGGCUCUCGCAGAGGAAGGCCGAGUACGUGCAGGGCCUGGCGGAGAAGUUCACCUCGGGCGAACUGACGGCGCAGCUGCUGCACGACGCCCCGUAUGAGGACGUGCUCGAGAAGCUGAUCGCGGUGCGCGGCCUGGGGCGGUGGAGUGUCGAGAUGUUUGCAUGCUUCGGGCUGAAACGCAUGGAUGUGUUUUCGUUGGGCGACCUGGGCGUGCAGAGAGGCAUGGCGGCCUUCGUGGGGAGGGACGUGGCCAAGCUCAAGAACAAGGGCGGCAAGUGGAAGUACAUGACCGAAAAGGAGAUGGAGGAGCUGGCCGCACCAUUUGCGCCGUAUCGGAGCCUGUUCAUGUGGUAUAUGUGGAGGGUUGAGGAGACAGAUGUAAGCACCAUGGAGUAA